AUGAAUCCUCUUAAUUUAAAUUAAUUUAAACAGAUAAAAAAUAUCAGUACAAAUACAAACAAAUAAAACUUUGCAUUAAUUGUAAUAUAUUAAAAAAAUUAAAUUACAUUUAUACACUAACAAAAAAAAAACAAACACUUCAAAAUAUUAAAAAUGUCAAACACCAGAACUAAAUACUCUAAGAACCCCUGGCAUUGUGUUUCAAUCGGUGAAAAGGUUCCAGAAGUAGUCACCGCCGUUAUUGAAAUUCCCAAGGGAUCUAAGGCUAAGUACGAAUUAGAUAAGGAUUCAGGUAUGCUCAAGCUCGACAGAGUUCUUUUCUCUGCUGUCCAUUAUCCUGCUAACUAUGGAUUCAUCCCUUAAACCUACUGCGAUGAUAAAGAUCCUUUAGACAUCUUGGUCCUCUGCAGUGUCGAUGUUGAACCCUUAUGUCUUAUCGAUGCUAAAGUUAUUGGUGUCAUGCAUAUGAUUGAUGGUGGUGAAAUAGAUGACAAGAUUAUUGCUGUUGCUGCUAAUGACGUCUCAGUUAACCACUUCAACGACUUAACUGACUUACCUGAACAUUUGCUCUAAUAGAUUCAAAGAUUCUUCGAAGACUACAAAAAGCUUGAAAAGAAGGAUGUUAAGGUCUAAGAAUUCUAAGGAAAAGAAAAAGCUCAAUAAAUUGUUAGAGAAUCUAUCGAACUCUAUGAUAGAGAAAUUAGAUAAGGUAAUAGCACUCCUGCAUUAUGA